AUGGCUAAUGUGUUCAGAAGAUUGGCUGAUUCAGAUAGAAAUGUUCGAGCCUCAUUAUAUUUUGGAAAUUUGGAUCCUGAAGUUACUGAACUUUUGAUGUAUGAAUUAUUUAUUCAAUUUGCUCCAGUACGAUCUUUAAAUAUGCCAAAGGAUAGAGUAUUAAAGACUCAUCAAGGAUUUGGAUUUGUAGAAUUUAAAUCAGUUGAAGAUGCAGAUUAUGUAUUAGAAAUAUUACGAGGGAUAAGACUUUAUGGUAAAAUAGUUAAAUUAAAGAAGUCAGAUACACCAAAGAUAACCAGUAGUACUAAAGAUCAAUCUAUUGGAGUAAUUAAUCAAGAAUUAAUUAGUAAUAAUUAUAUUGAUAUAGGAGCUCAAUUGUUUAUUAAUAAUCUUAAUCUGUUAAUUGAUGAACAAUUUUUAAAAGAAACAUUUUCAAAAUUUGGAACCCUUAUAAGGAAUCCAACAAUAGCGAGAGAUAAUAAUACAGGAGAAUCUAAAGGGUACGGAUUUCUUACAUUUGAUGAUUUUCAAACGAGUGAUUCAGUUAUAGAGAAAAUGAAUGGUGCAAUAUUAAUGAAUUCCAAAAUUCAUGUUUCAUAUGCUUUUAAGCAAGAUCCAAUUACUGGUCAAUAUACUAAUGUACGACAUGGAGAUAAAACAGAGAGAUUAUUAGCUGAAAAUGCUAAAUCCAAUAAAGUUAUAGGAUCUAAAUCCAAGAAGAAAUCCAAGGUUCAUAAGCCAAAACUUAAAAAAUAA